CUGCAUUCUGUCCCAGGGAAGCAGAGACUCAGCUGAUGUAUGCUUCUACCCAGGUUAGCAGUGUGUACAGGGCUGUGACCCGAUUAACCACUUUCAAUGAAAGGUCCAAACGGUGCCCUCAAGCUGUCUGGGGGUCCAGCCAUAUUUGGGCAGGUCUCUUUCCAUUUGGGCCUCAAUAUAUUUGUCUGGUUACACUUCCAGAGAAAUUAUGUCAUCAGGAAUCUGGAGGAAUUGAACUGCAUUUAUCUGGUCAAGCAGGGCAGUGCAGACUUUUCAAGGAUCAUGUUAUCUUCAGUCUGAAUGCUAAGGAACUGGAAUCUAUACGAUACAUGUAUAUACUGUAUAUUUCAAACUGAAGCUAUAUAAUACAUGUAUAUAUCGUAUAUUUCAGACAAACUGAAGCUAUAUAAUACAUGUAUAUACCGUAUAUUUCAAACUGAAGCUAUAUAAUACAUGUAUAUACCGUAUAUUUCAGACAAACUGAAGCUAUAUAAUACAUGUAUAUACCGUAUAUUUCAGACAAACUGAAGCUAUAUAAUACAUGUAUAUACUGUAUAUUUCAGACAAACUGAAGCUAUAUAAUACAUAUAAUGUUUGAGUAAUGUGCAGCCUCGCAUGCAGCUCUCCUAGCGGAGCCUCAGUAUAGUCUCUGCAUUGUAAUAAUGUUUGGGUAAUGUGCAGCCUCGCAUGCAGCACUCAUAGUGGAGCCUCUGUAUAGUCUCUGCAUUGUAAUAAUGUUUGCGUAAUGUGCAGCCUCGCAUGCAGCUCUCGUAGCGGAGACUCAGUAUAGUCUCUGUAUUGUAAUAAUGUUUGAGUAAUGUGCAGCCUCGCAUGCAGCUCUCGUAGCGGAGCGUCAGUAUAGUCUCUGCAUUGUAAUAAUGUUUGAGUAAUGUGCAGCCUCGCAUGCAACUCUCGUAGCGGAGCCUCAGUAUAGUCUCUGCAUUGUAAUAAUGUUUGGGUAAUGUGCAGCCUCGCAUGCAGCUCUCCUAGUGGAGCCUCUGUAUAGUCUCUGCAUUGUAAUAAUGUUUGGGUAAUGUGCAGCCUCGCAUGCAGCUCUCGUACUGGAGCCUCAGUAUAGUCUCUGCAUUGUAAUAAUGUUUGGGUAAUGUGCAGCCUCGCAUGCAGCUCUCGUACUGGAGCCUCAGUAUAGUCUCUGCAUUGUAAUAAUGUUUGGGUAAUGUGCAGCCUCGCAUGCAGCUCUCCUAGCGGAGCCUCAGUAUAGUCUCUGCAUUGUAAUAAUGUUUGGGUAAUGUGUAGCCUCGCAUGCAGCACUCCUAGUGGAGCCUCUGUAUAGUCUCUGCAUUGUAAUAAUGUUUGAGUAAUGUGCAGCCUCGCAUGCAGCUCUCGUAGCAGAGCCUCAGUAUAGUCUCUGCAUUGUAAUAAUGUUUGAGUAAUGUGCAGCCUCGCAUGCAGCACUCCUAGUGGAGCCUCUGUAUAGUCUCUGCAUUGUAAUAAUGUUUGAGUAAUGUGCAGCCUCGCAUGCAGCUCUCGUAGCAGAGCCUCAGUAUAGUCUCUGCAUUGUAAUAAUGUUUGGGUAAUGUGCAGCCUCGCAUGCAGCUCUCCUAGUGGAGCCUCUGUAUAGUCUCUGCAUUGUAAUAAUGUUUGGGUAAUGUGCAGCCUCGCAUGCAGCUCUCGUACUGGAGCCUCAGUAUAGUCUCUGCAUUGUAAUAAUGUUUGGGUAAUGUGCAGCCUCGCAUGCAGCUCUCGUACUGGAGCCUCAGUAUAGUCUCUGCAUUGUAAUAAUGUUUGGGUAAUGUGCAGCCUCGCAUGCAGCUCUCCUAGCGGAGCCUCAGUAUAGUCUCUGCAUUGUAAUAAUGUUUGGGUAAUGUGUAGCCUCGCAUGCAGCACUCCUAGUGGAGCCUCUGUAUAGUCUCUGCAUUGUAAUAAUGUUUGAGUAAUGUGCAGCCUUGCAUGCAGCUCUCGUAGCAGAGCCUCAGUAUAGUCUCUGCAUUGUAAUAAUGUUUGAGUAAUGUGCAGCCUCGCAUGCAGCACUCCUAGUGGAGCCUCUGUAUAGUCUCUGCAUUGUAAUAAUGUUUGAGUAAUGUGCAGCCUCGCAUGCAGCUCUCGUAGCAGAGCCUCAGUAUAGUCUCUGCAUUGUAAUAAUGUUUGGGUAAUGUGCAGCCUCGCAUGCAGCUCUCCUAGUGGAGCCUCUGUAUAGUCUCUGCAUUGUAAUAAUGUUUGGGUAAUGUGCAGCCUCGCAUGCAGCUCUCGUACUGGAGCCUCAGUAUAGUCUCUGCAUUGUAAUAAUGUUUGGGUAAUGUGCAGCCUCGCAUGCAGCUCUCGUACUGGAGCCUCAGUAUAGUCUCUGCAUUGUAAUAAUGUUUGGGUAAUGUGCAGACUCGUCAUCUAAGGCCAGCCCCAUAGAAAAACAUCACAAUCACCGUAUGCAAUGUCACAUGCACGUGAAGUAAAGACCAGCCUUUAUGUUAAAAUUGUUUCAAUUUAUUUAUUUCCCUCAUUAGUCUAUACUCAACACCACAUGACAAACCAAAAGCAGAAAUUUAGGAACUUGUUAAAAAUAAAAAAUUGAAACAUCACAUUGAAAGAAGUGUUCAGUCCUUUGCUGUGAAGCUUGAAAUUUAGCCCAGGUGCAUUCAAUUUCAACUGAUUAUUUCUGAGAUGUUUUUAACAUUUUUUUAGAUACUACCUAUGGUUAAUUUAAUCGAUUGGACAUGUGACAUCAUGUGAGGCUUUUAUGUGGUCACUAAAAGCUUCAAUAUAAAAGAUAAAAGCCCACUUGCAGUUUGCUUAAAGCUGCCAAAAGGACUCUCAGACUAUGAGCAUCAGGAUUCUCGGGUCUGAUGAAACCAAGAUUGAAGUGUUUGAAAUUUCGAUUCUUAUUUUGCUUUGUCAUUAUUGAGUAUUGAUUGUAAAUUGAUCCUACAACAUAACAAAAUUUGAAAAACGUGAACAUGAAUACUUUAUGUAUCCCCAGUAUAACUGGCAGAGCGGCAGACUGGCCAGGCUACUGUGCUUUCUCUUCACAUUCACUGGCCAGGCUACUGUGCUUACUGUUCACAUUCACUGGACAGGCUACUGUGCUUUCUGUUCACAUUCACUGGCCAGGCUACUGUGCUUACUGUUCACAUUCACUGGACAGGCUACUGUGCUUUCUGUUCGCAUUCACUGGCCAGGCUACUGUGCUUACUGUUCGCAUACACUGGCCAGGUUACUGUGCUUUCUGUUCACAUUCACUGACCAGGCUACUGUGCUUACUGUUCACAUUCACUGGACAGGCUACUGUGCUUUCUGUUCGCAUUCACUGGCCAGGCUACUGUGCUUUCUCUUCACAUUCACUGGCCAGGCUACUGUGCUUACUGUUCACAUUCACUGGACAGGCUACUGUGCUUUCUGUUCGCAUUCACUGGCCAGGCUACUGUGCUUACUGUUCACAUUCACUGGACAGGCUACUGUGCUUUCUGUUCGCAUUCACUGGCCAGGCUACUGUGCUUACUGUUCGCAUACACUGGCCAGGUUACUGUGCUUUCUGUUCACAUUCACUGACCAGGCUACUGUGCUUACUGUUCACAUUCACUGGACAGGCUACUGUGCUUUCUGUUCGCAUUCACUGGCCAGGCUACUGUGCUUUCUCUUCACAUUCACUGGCCAGGCUACUGUGCUUACUGUUCACAUUCACUGGACAGGCUACUGUGCUUUCUGUUCACAUUCACUGGCCAGGCUACUGUGCUUACUGUUCGCAUACACUGGCCAGGCUACUGUGCUUUCUGUUCGCAUUCACUGGCCAGGCUACUGUGCUUUCUGUUCGCAUUCACUGGCCAGGCUACUGUGCUUUCUGUUCGCAUUCACUGGCCAGGCUACUGUGCUUACUGUUCGCAUACACUGGACAGGCUACUGUGCUUUCUGUUCGCAUUCACUGGCCAGGCUACUGUGCUUUCUCUUCACAUUCACUGGACAGGCUACUGUGCUUUCUGUUCACAUUCUAUUCACUUUCUGUUCACAUUCACAAGUGCUUCAUAUUCACAUUUUUAUAUAGCCAGCUGUGAACAGUCAUGCUCACCUAGGGCGCCCCUGGGGCAAAUAAAUGAUUCUACACCUUUUCUCAGAGUGAAGUUUACUCAUCUUAACCAUUUUUACCUUUACUUUCAUAGAACUGCCCCCAAAUAAUCUAUAGUGAGUGUGUGAGUCAGUUAUGUUUAAUAACACACAGAUGCUGUCCCACAGUUCAUCAUCACAUUAUUCAGGAACAUGUUCCAAUAAGCCUGAGAACCAGAAUGAAGCUGUAAUACUUGUUUGUGUCUAUUUUUAACCGUAUGUCCAUCUUUUUAUGAUUUACAACCUACCCAAUAUUUCUUGUUAAAUAUUUUGCUUAAAAAGUGUGCUUAAAGUACCUAUAUUCCACACAAAUGCAAUUUCGUUUGACAUUUUGUUGUGCAACUCAAUAAAAUGAGGGCAAUUUUAAGCAUGGCUUAAAUGUCCAGAUACUUUUUGGGGGCUGUAUGCUCCGUCGACAAUCACAAAACCAAUAAAGCAAUACUGAGGGUAUUAGACCACUCACAGAGGUGUUUCUGUCUAUCUCAAGAAGAGCAGCAGUGAUGUAGGCAGUCAGAGACACUUCAUCGCUGACUCCGCCCUGAAACAGAGUUUAUUAAGCUGUGUGCAGGAAGUCACGGUAUACAUACUACAUACAUUCCUGAACUGCAGACGUCUGCAGAUAAUGCUGAACCAUUAAGCGUAAUAUUCAAGCAAAUCAAGAGCGAAGUACUGAUACGACAGAAGCAGAAGGAUGGCUAGAUGGCGUUUUACCUUCAUAAUGUGUGAAAUAGGAUGGCUAGAUGGCAUUUUACCUUCAUAAUGUGUGAAAUAGGAUGGCUAGAUGGCGUUUUACCUUCAUAAUGUGUGAAAUAGGAUGGCUAGAUGGCGUUUUACCUUCAUAAUGUGUGAAAUAGGAUGGCUAGAUGGCAUUUUACCUUCAUAAUGUGUGAAAUAGGAUGGCUAGAUGGCGUUUUACCUUCAUAAUGUGUGAAAUAGGAUGGCUAGAUGGCGUUUUACCUUCAUAAUGUGUGAAAUAGGAUGGCUAGAUGGCGUUUUACCUUCAUAAUGUGUGAAAUAGGAUGGCUAGAUGGCGUUUUACCUUCAUUCCGUUGUUGAAGAGCUUCCCCACUGACCUAAAGCAGCCAUUCUUGUUCUGUUGCCUGUGUAGCCACAGCUUGGCAUCGCCAAUGUGUCUCGGGUCCACAAAGAUGUACGGACUUGCGCCUCCGAAGGACUUCAGUACGAACGCGGUGAGCCUGGGUGAAUCACAGAAGAUCCAUUUCCUGAUGGAUGUGGAUGUCAAGUCAUAAACUACCUAGGUUAUUUCUAUAGCAUAUUUUUAAACAACCAAAGCCUGACAAAGUGCAUUACGCAGAAUCAGUAACACAUGCAACAGUAAUAACUUUUUCCAGUGGUCAUGUGGUAAAGAAUCCACAGCACAAUAUUUUGUUUCACUUAUUUCUCAAUAUAUGGGUGUGUAUCCAUGAAUAAAAUAUAUAUUUUUGAGACAAUACUUAUUUUUGCUCUUGGUUCUUCUCUGUUUCUCAUUAAUGAAGGGCUUCUUCCUUGCUUUAUGGGACUUCAGUCCUGCUUCUAGGAGCCUGACACGCACUGUCCUAGCAGUGCACCUCACACCUACACUUAAUGUUUCCCACUCCUUUUGAAGGUCACUUGAUGUCAUUCUCCGAUUCAUGAGAAACUGUUGGAAGUUAACAGUGAUUCUGGCAUUAAAAAGUCGCUUCUGUCCUUUA